AUGAGUCUUGUCCAGCAGAUUGCCGAGAUUGAGGAGGAGAUGGCCCGAACGCAGAAGAAUAAGGCCACUGAAAAGCAUAUUGGAUUGCUGAAGGCCAAGCUCGCGAAAUUGAGGCGAGAAAUCCUGACUCCCAAGUCUUCCAAGGGAGGUGGUGAGGGUUUCGAUGUCACAAAGUCGGGAGAUACGCGUGUUGGCUUGAUUGGCUUUCCGUCCGUAGGAAAAUCCACUCUGCUGACCAAACUGACGGGCACCUUUUCAGAAGUCGCAGCCUAUGAGUUCACAACGCUUACCUGUAUUCCUGGCGUUAUUCACUACAAGGGUGCGAAAAUUCAAUUGUUGGAUCUCCCCGGUAUUAUCGAAGGAGCCAAGGAUGGAAAGGGUCGUGGUCGACAGAUUAUUGGAACGGCGCGAACCUGCAAUAUGAUUCUCAUCGUUUUAGAUGCAAUGAAACCCGUCACACACAAGCGCAUCAUCGAGAAGGAGUUGGAGGGCUUUGGAAUCCGUUUGAACAAGCAGCCUCCCAACAUCUACUUCAAGAUCAAGGACAAGGGUGGCGUCAACCUCCAAAUCAUGUCGAAGGACUGCGAGUUGGAUGCAGACGUCGUCUCCUCCAUCCUCCACGAAUACAAGAUCCACAAUGCGGACAUUACCAUUCGUUGCGACGCCACGGUGGACGAUCUGAUCGAUGUAAUCGAAGGAAACCGCGUCUACAUGCCCUGCCUGUACGUCCUCAACAAAAUCGACCAGAUCUCCAUCGAAGAGCUGGACAUUCUCGCUGAAUUGGAGCACUGCGUCCCCGUGUGUGCUGGCCGCGAGUGGAACCUGGACGAGCUUCUGGAGCGGAUCUGGGAGUACUGCAAGAUGAUUCGGAUCUACACAAAGCCGAAGGGACAGAUUCCCGACUAUGAAGAGCCCGUUAUUCUACACGCAGAGGCCCCCACCGUCCGAGACUUCUGCAACCGACUGCAUAAGAGCAUUGUGAACCAGUUCCAGUACGCGUGGGUCUGGGGGUCGUCGGUGAAACACCAGCCGCAGCGCGUGGGAUUGGAUCAUGUGCUGAUGGAUGAGGAUGUGGUGCAGAUUGUGAAGAAGGAAUAA